AUAAAAAAAUGUAUUAACAUACAUAAAUGUUUUUCUUUUAUUCGACUAUUAGAAAAGGAAUUUUAAAUUAGAUUAGAAUUUCAUUUUCGUAUUUAAGAAACUAUAAUUUUAUAAAGCUAAAAUAAGCCUGUCCUUUAGCAGGAAUUCAAAAAAAUGGGUGAUUUUAUAGAUGAUUUUAUACAAGAAUAUAAAAGACAACCGAGUCUGUGGCAAACGGGACAUCCAGAUUUUAAAAAUCGUAAGAAGCGCCAAGAAGCGUACAUGAAAUUAAUUGAAGUAGCCAAUAAACAUAAUGAAGCUUAUAAUAUUGAAAGAACAAAGCAGAAAAUUAAUAACUUAAGAUGUGCAUUUCGUGUGCAAUUGAAAAAAUAUAAUGAAGUUAAGAAAAAUUCAAAAGACGGCAAAGAGGAAACUUAUUGUCCUAAGAGAAAAUAUUUUGAAAGUUUAAUGUUUCUUUUAAACGAAGAAACUUCUGCUGCAAAGGCAAAUGGAGAAAAUAAAAAAAUGUUUACUAAAGAAACCAACGUUGUUUCCAGGACACGAAAUAAAACUUUAAGUAGGAAAAAAAUUGAUAAAGAAUUAGAGGCGAUUACUUUAGACUUACAAGAUGAGUUAGACCCCGAUGAAAACUUCCUCACUCAUUCUGUAGAAUCAGAGAAGGAAAAUAAAUUAAAGUCAGAUUCUUUUGAAGAAAACGAAGAAUCUUUUAACUUAGCUCUUAUAGAGGAUGAAGAAAACUUAUCUGUCUGUAACGCAAAAGAUAUUGACCCAGAUGCGUUUGAAAGUAUUAUAGAAGAAGAUGAACCGUCUAAUAAAGAAUCGCAAACAGAUUUUAUAAAAGUUACAAAAUCAUCACCUAAAGUUCCAGUAUCAAAAUCUACUUCCACAGCCAAUCAACCUAAUAAUAUAAUAAAAUCUAAGACCCCAUUGGUAACAAAGCAAAACAAAUCGCAAUCAACUGAGGACAAAAUUGUAUUAAUUCAAUCCAAUCCAUCAACUUCAACAAUUAGUAUAACAACAACUUCAGCACCUUCCUCGACAACAGUAGCAACCAGAUCUCAAUUUCGACAAGCACAAGCGAAACCUAUUUCACAAAACAAUAUUUCUAAACUUGCACAAUUAUCUCAUGUAAACACUAAAAAUUCCCGAAUAGUUGAAGUUCGUUCCAUAAAAACUCUUACCAAUAGUAAUUUACAGCCGGCUAAUUCACCUCAAAAGCCUACGCAUCAGCAAACUUCAAACACGAGCUCGCCACAAAAACGUUUAUCAACUGGAUUGGCAACACCACCUUCUGUUUCGUCUUCCAUAACCUUAUCGAGUCCUACUUCUAAAGCCAAUAUUGUUUCUCCUAUUAUAACACAGAAAGUCGUUACGAUUCCAAAAGUUACAUCCUCACCGCAACAAAUAACUAUACGUAGUGCUCAAGCUCAAAUACCAGCAAGGACACCUACUAUUUCAAGUACAGGAGUAACUUUAUCAACACAAAAUAAUUCAAAUGGAAUAUUUCAUAAUAAUGAUGCAAUUACAUCUCAACACAAAAAAAUUAAGUUAGAUUUUGAUUCAUCAAACUUGGAAAAAAUCUUAAGUCUUGCAUGUUCAAAAUUAAAACAAGAAGAGAAUGAAGAUGAUUUUACAGUGUUUGGAAGAAUGGUAACAUGCAAACUGAAAACAAUGGAAACAGGACAGGCUAUAAUUGCUCAGAAAUUAAUUACAGACGUUUUAUUUGAUGGUCAAAUGAAAUUUCUUCAAUUACCCAAAACAAGCUUACAAAAAACUGUCGCAUCUAGUUUACCACAAAUAAUUACUCGUACAACACCAAUAUCAUCAUUAAGGCAAACUUUAAAUUCUAGCGGACAAACUUUUUUCAUUUCCGAAAUGGAUAGAAACGCUGAUACUAAUGUGGAUUCCAGCACAAUUCAAUUAAGUACGGGCAAUAAUAACGUUAGCGCAGAUGAUUGUUAAAGAAACUGUAAAUAUUAAGUACAAUAAGAAAUAUUUUAAGCUGUUUUUCUAGUGUGAAAAGAACUUUAUGUAAAAGUAAAUUUAAUUAAAAAUAGGAUCUAAAACAUAUAAAUAAUUUUUCGUCUAUUUCAACUAUAAUUUUAGGGAUAAUUAUUUUGAUUACUAUAAUACGUAAUCUCGUAUAAAUUAUGAAUUUGAAACCACGUACAUUAAAAUAUUUUUAAUAUACUGAUCGUAGUGUUUUAAUUACAAACA